AUGACUAUGACCAUCUAAUUUGGCUUUUUAUUAUCCUGUUUUGAAAUCCCAUAAACGGAUAGACUUAUCAUCAAAACAGGAUAAUAAAAAGCCAAAUUAGAUGGUCAUAGUCAUUGUAUUAACUCAGUCUAUUACUCUCCUGAUGGAAAUUCAUUAGCUUCUGGUAGCGAUGAUGACUCUAUCCUUCUAUGGGAUGUCAAAACAGGAUAAGAAAUUAAAUCCUAUGAUAACAACGACAAAGAUAUUCUUGCAUAAAUUAAGAUUCCACUCCAAUAACAUAGCCAUAUUUCCGUAGGUCGUAUUUAUCCCUAUCAUAUUUUUAGCCUCCAAUUACAUCACUACACUCCUUAUAUCCUAAUCUGCAAUAUUCUAAGCAUAAGGAGCUCUAGUUCUUGAAGGAGAAUUCAUCAAUCAUCAGGGCAUUGAUUCGGGACCUAUAUUGAAAUCCAAAAGUAGCUGCAUUAUGGAAAAAAAAUUAGGCUGCCUUUAAAAAUGA